AAGGAGUUUGGUGUGAUUCACCUGAAGCAAACGAACCUAGUCGACAGCGACAGUUUAUCAGCCGGAGAGAUUUAUUUGAGUAAAAGAAGAGCAGCAGUACUUCUAAAACUCAUCUAAAUCUCAUCUAAAAGGCUUUGGCACUGGCUUUAAGAUGAGUCUAAAUGAAGAGAUGGAGGUGAAAGGCACUACAGCCUCUUCAAAACCCAGCUGUGUGUCUAUGACGAGUAACAAAUCCUUACCUGAACCUCCUGAUUUCAGUGGCACAGUGACCUCCGACCUCAGAGUCCUGAGAGGAUCCAGUUCUGCUGGUUCUGCUGACUGUUGCACACAAGCAGCCCUGCAGGAGGAGACUGGAGACCUGCAGAAACCACUGGAUGAUAAACUACAGAUGGUCAAAGACUGGUUCAAAACCAGCAUGAAGAAAAAGUAUGAGAGAUUAUUUGAGGGAAUGAAACUCCAAGAGAAUGAAACCCUCCUGAACAGGAUCUCCACACAGCUCUACAUCAUAGAGGGAGAGAGAGAAGGAGUGAAUGAAGAACAUGAGGUUUUACAGAUGGAGAAAACAGCCAGAACACAACACUCACAAGACACUCCAAUCUACUGCAAUGACAUCUUUAAAGCAUCACCUGAACCAGGAUGUGAGGAGAAACACCAAAUCAAGACUGUUCUAACUAAAGGCAUCGCUGGAAUCGGAAAAACCGUCUCUGUGCAGAAGUUCAUUCUAGACUGGGCCGAGGGAAAAGACAAUCAGGAUGUAGAUUUCAUGUUUGUGCUUCCAUUUCGAGAGAUGAACUUGAUCCAAGAUCAUCAGUACAGUCUUCACAGACUUCUGCUGGACUUUCAUCCUGAACUUCAAGAUCUGGACUCAAAGAUUUAUGAGGAGUGUAAAGCUGUGUUCAUCUUUGAUGGUCUGGAUGAAAGCAGAAUCACACUGAUGUUUUCAGACGCUCAGAAAAUUUCUGAUGUGAUUGAGACUUCAUCAGUUGGUGUAUUGAUGUCAAACCUCAUGAAAGGAGAGCUGCUUCCCUCUGCUCUCAUCUGGAUCACCUCAAGACCAGCAGCAGCCAAUCAGAUCCCCUCCAAAUACAUCAACCGUCUGACAGAAAUUCAGGGAUUCAAUGAACCUCAGAAAGAGGAAUAUUUCAGGAAGAGAGUCAGUGAUGAGCAUCAAGCCAGCAAAAUCAUUGCACACAUCAGAAGAGCAAGAAGCCUCCACAUCAUGUGCCACAUACCCGUCUUCUGCUGGAUCUCAUCCACUGUGCUUCAAAAGCUUCUUAAAGAAGAUCUGAGUGCAGAAGUCCCUCAAACUCUGACUGAAAUGUACGUCCACUUCCUGCUGAUUCAGAUCAACAUGAGGAAUCAGAAGUAUGAAGAGAGAGAUCCAGAGAAACUCCUGCAGUCCAACAGAGAAGUGAUUGUGAAACUUGCUGAAGUGGCUUUCAAACAGCUGAUGAAGGGCAAUGUGAUGUUCUAUGAGGAGGACCUGAGAGAGAGCGGCAUAGACGUCACUGACGCCUCAGUGUAUUCUGAGAUUUGCACUGAGAUUUUUAAGGAGGAAUCUGUGAUUCAUCAGAGGAAAGUCUACAGCUUCAUUCAUCUGAGCUUUCAGGAGUUUCUCGCUGCUUUCCAUGUGAUUUACUGCUAUUUAUGCAGUGCUGUGGAGACACUAAAGGUUUUUGAUUCAAUGCAUAGUUUGUUUAGAGGAGCAGUAGAUAAAGCUCUUGAGAGUGAGAAUGGACAGCUGGAUCUGUUCCUGCGGUUCCUGUUGGGCGUCUCACUAGAGUCCAAUCAGAGACUCUUACAGGAUCUACUGACACACACAGAGAACAGCUCAGAGAGCAUCAGGAGAACCACACGGUACAUUAAAGAGAAGAUCAAAGAUGGACAUGGACUCUCCACUGAAAGAUCCAUCAAUCUGUUUCUCUGUCUGCUGGAAGUGAAAGAUCAGACUCUGUCCAGAGAGAUUCAGGAGUUUGUAAAAUCACGCUCAGAGGAGAAACGCUCAGAGGAGAAACGCUCAGAGGAGAAACUCUCUCCUGCUCACUGCUCAACAAUCACCUUCAUGCUUCAGAUGUCAGAGGAGGUGGUGGAUGAGCUGGACCUCAAGAAAUACAACACAUCAGAUGAGGGUCGAAGAAGACUGAUACCAGCUGUGAUCAACUGCAGAAAAGCCCUUUUUGCUGGCUGUGAUCUAACUGGUCAGUCCUGUAGAAUAGUGGCAUCAGCUCUACGAUCCUCAAACUGUGUCCUGAGAGAGCUGGACCUGAGUAACAAUGACCUGCAGGAUUCAGCAGUGAAGCUGGUCGCUGAUGGACUGAAGAGUCCAAACUGUCAGCUGGAGAUACUGAGGUUGUCUGGCUGUAUGGUGACAGAGGAAGGCUGUGGUUAUGUGUCUUCAGCUCUGAGUUCAAACCCCUCACACCUGAGAGAGCUGGAUCUGAGCUACAAUCACCCAGGAGAUUCAGGAGUCCAGCUGCUCAACGACAAACUGGAUGAUCCAAACUACAAACUGCAGAUACUCAAUUUGGAUCAUGGAGCGUCCUUCAGGAUCACACCAGGAUUUAAAAAAUAUGCCUGUGAUCUCACACUGGAUUCAAACACAGCACACACUCAACUCAUUCUGUCUGAGGAUAACAGAAAGAUCAAAUAUGUGGAAGCUCAUCAGCCAUAUCCUGAUCAUCCAGAGAGAUUUGCUGAUAUUCCUCAGGUUCUGUGUCGAGAGAGUCUGACUGGACGCUGUUACUGGGAGGUUAAAUGGGGUUCCUGGGCUCGAAUAGCAGUGGCCUAUAAAGGAAUCAGCAGGAAAGAAGGGACUGUCUGUAAGUUUGGAUACAAUGACAAAUCCUGGUGUCUUUUUUGCAAUGAUGAGGGAUUCACUGUCUGGCACAAUAAUGUGAGCACUAGCAUACCAACCAAUUUAACAAAAUCUAAGAGAGUAGGAGUGUAUGUGGACGUGUCGGCCGGCACUCUGUCCUUCUACAGUGUCUCUGACAGACACACACUCACACACUUACACACAUUCAACACCACAUUCACUGAACCCCUCUAUGCUGGAUUUAAGGUUUUUAAGUCUGAGCUGUCUUUGUGUCAGACACAACAAACACACAUAUGACAACACUUUCUACCUCCAUCUUAAUCUUGGUCAUAUGCCUAAUGAAUGAGACAUGAAUAAAUGAUAUUCAGUCAUAAAAGAACAAAUGUGCGUGUAAAGACAAACAUAUCUUUGAGUCAUACUGUAGAUGUGUAAUACUAAAAACUCACAUUAGCAGCUUUAGGGUUCAUCUAUUGAGGACUCACUUGUUGAUUUUCGUGAAUGUUGGAAAGUGCACAUUUUUCAGUCUCUGCCCGGUUGUAUAAAGCAUCUUAUGGUUUUCCCUUAAGUAUGCAACUGAAGGCGUGACUUCUCCUUACCUAAGGGAAUGACUUAAGGGUUUUGCAUAUAAUCCCUUAAAGGGGACCUAUUAUGCAAAAUUCACUUUUGCAUGGUGUUUGGACAUACAUGUGUGUCGGCAGUGUGUGUACACAAACCACCCUAUAGUGAUAAAAAUCCAACCACUCCUUUUUCUUUUUUUUUAAAUUCCCAAUUAAUCAUAAGUAGUGUCUCAGAGCAAGCAGUUUGCAGGUUCCUGGCAAUGUGACGUCACAUUAGCCACAGGCCCCACCCACGAAUGUUGACAGAUACUGCCAUUUUAACACAGAACUGCCUGCGCGAGUUCACAGCAAGUUGUACACAGUCCACCAUUACUGCACUGAUAAGAAUGUCUCCCAAGCAUUUUGGGUGUUCUGUAGCUGGAUGGAUUAAUCCACAUAGCUCUCUCAAUUUACUUCUGAAAUCUGUGCUGCUGAAGACGAGGUGGAUUCAUUUAGUGUUUUAUUAAGCUCUUACAGACACUUCAUAUUUUGUGUGAAGUGCGUUAUAAAACUCAUCAGUAAACAGGCUUGAACUAAUAUAGUGGAUAAAAACAAGAAGACAAUAUAUGUUAUAACUGUAAUUAAACUAAACUAUACCUGUUCUAUCUCCAUGCAGCAUAUAUUCUCAGUUUCUGACAUUAUAGUGCAUCCUGACUGACUCCUGACACCGGGGAAAAAAAGCCCUUGAAGCUCCACCCUCUUAGGCUGAGCGCAGCAGCUCAUUUGCAUUUAAAGGACACAUACUGAAAUGGCGCGUAUUUUAACAUGCUAUAAAAAUGAUCUGUGGGGUAUUUUGAGCUAAAACUUCACACACACUCGGGGGACAUCAGAGACUUAUUUUACAUCUUGUUAAAGGGGGCAUAAUAGGUCCCCUUUAAACAUUUCUCAUAGUUAGGGGAAACUGCUAAGUGUUUAAUGACAGCGAUCCAGGGUUUGCUGUUAUUAAAUUCUACUGUUGGACACAUUAUUUGUUAAUACAGAAAGCGGUAACAGUGUGAAAUCAUGUAUUUUGUCCAUAAAAAGUGUUCUUUCACUUUGAGCGUCAGCAGCACAGCAAAAAUAGACUCUGCACCGAAACCCUCGAAUCGCUGCUGCUCAUGCAACGCUUCUGUUUGACACUGACAUGCUAGUCCUGCUCCCGGUGUGAAUGCACUCAUUGGUUAACAUGCGCACUUGCAGUGUGAAAUGGCCAUAAGUUUUCGCUGAUCAUUUUUAACCACUCAAUUAAUAUAGAUUAGUUUUACGAUCUCUUUAUGAACUUUUUGAAGGCUCAAAGUGGUUGUUGCCUAGCUGUCUAUGGAGGGACAGAAAGUGCAUUAAUUUCAUUAAAAAGAUCUUCAUUUGUGUUCUGAAGAUGAACGAAAGAUUAGAACCACAUGAGGGUGAGUAAUUAAUGACAGAAUUUUCUAUUUUGCGUGGAUUAACCUUUUAUUUUCUGCAACACCCUCACAUUUAAGGGAAACCUAAAGACAAUCUUAAAGGGGCUCUAUGUAAGUUUUUGACUGUACUAAAGCAUAAAAAUACCAUAAUGUGUUUGCAGAUAUUUAUUAAACAUGCUCAAUUCGCAUACUCGUUCCUCUGAAAACUCAUUGCUACAGCCAGUUAUUUUACUUUGAAAUUUGCGUUCCGUGUCGGAAUUUCUGUUUUUGUUUCCAUCUGUGCAAGACCGCACUUUGCUAAUUUACCCAAUAUUAUUUCGCCACCCCGGGUUGCCAGUUGUCGGAAAACACAUGCAGUGAAUUGCAGCCAUGGAAGCCAGUGAACAAACUGGGUCAGAGAUCGCAGAUUCUACCUGACCUAAAAAGCCUCAGCAUCUAUCUAAAAAUUUCUAUGAACGGGUGCACAUUAGACACGAUAUCAACUCAUCAUAAAUCAAUAAAUCAGCUAAUUAUUUUACAGUGUGCAAGUCACCUCGCCUUCCAAUGUCGAUCCCGUACAUAGAUCCCCUUUAAGGGAAAUUACACUUUUAGGUGCUUUAUGCAACCAGGCACUGGUCCAUAAGUAUCUGUAAAGUUAAACUGGAUAAAGUCAAGCCUUUCUGGGUUCAUUUUGUUUCUGGUUUUAUAUAUUUUACAAAUAGUUACAAAUUGAAGUUUUAUAUUUUCUUAUAAUUUUCCUUUAUAUAAAACUUGUAAGUGUAAGAAUUAAAGGGUAAAUAUUCUUGUGUGUCUUGUGAUGUGUGCUACAAGUAUUCACUGUUGAUCCCUGUUUAUGAAAUCAGAAAAAAGGUCAGUAGUCAAGUUGAACCAGUUCCUCCAGAUGUUUUUCUGCAGUGUGUUUACUGUAAAUCUGAUCAGUGUUCCGUAUCUGUUCACACAGGAACUGUAACCACCAUAAACACAACAGUAAAUAAUCAGAAAUUAGCAAUUUUCUCUGCAGUGUUUUAAUGCUGCUCUGCUGUAGUCUGUUCUUUUUAGUGUUUUGGUGUGACAAAACACUUGACAUAUUUAGCCUGGUCCAGUCUUAGCACUCGUCAAUGUCAAAAUAUCUCAGAUGACCAAUCAAAUCAAAGGAGGCGGGGUUUUACCGUUCACAGAAAUUGAGAGGGAAUUCUGUUUUAAAGGUCAAGGACUGCAAGAAAAUGUAGGUAAAUAAACAUUUUAUGUUUUAUAACUCUCUGUUAUAGAAAUCCAUAUUGAUAUCCAGUGAAGUAAAUUACUGGAUGUUUUUAUGAAAUUUCAGUGAAGUUUUCAAAAAUUGAAAAUAUAGCAUUUGCAUGGUUUAUGUAAUUUGUAACCAAAUGUGCAGAGACAUUAACAGAGCUGUUUUUAGUGUAUUAAAUAGAAUUAUAUUUUCAAAUUUAGAACUCACUGACACACGUUUACACUAGAUAAGUUCAUAAAACUUAACAAACAAAAGCAAUUGUAUGAACUUUAUCAGAUUGGACCUUUCAAGGUGGAUUGGGUUUAGGAGACUAAACCCUAUUCUAUCUGUGAUGAACAUGUAGCGCCCCCUUCUGGAAAGAGAACAAAUGUUCUUUAAUAUUUUUAUUCAUUUAUGUUAACCUUUCAGAAAUGAAUUGAUAAUAUCUUGUAAAUUUUAAUUUAAGGUAUAGAAGCAAACAGGAUUCAGAUUUGUAAAUCGAUGUAUAUUUUGAUGUAUCACUGCUUCCUUUGUAAAAGUCAUUGAUAUGAUGAAUGCCUCUAAAUGACUCAAAACUUUGGUCUGGGGGGUUAGACACAGUAAACACCCCAGAUGGUCAUUAAAAACCAAUAAAGUAUUUAUGUUUAAUAUUAA